CGGUCCCCCCUCAGAGUUUGACUUGAAGUGAAUAUCCGGAACAACAGCAACCAGCGAUGUCCUCUCUUGCGAAGAUAAACUCCAAGCGUUAUGGUAGGGAGCUCACCCGUUACCCACACUACAUCCGUAAGAUGUUCGAACAGAUGCAAGAGCGGUCGCAGAUCCCAGCCUUCCGUUCUGAGUCCGGACAGGUGGAUGAGAAGAAGCGCUACAAGCUGCCUCAGCAGUGGACCGUCCAGCCGGGGGACAUAGUCAUGAUCACCAAAGGGAAGUAUUCCGGGACGGUGACGAAGGUGGUUGCGCUACAGAACGAGACCAACCGUGUCUUUCUGGAACACAGUGAAACCAAAAGAGUCGCUGUGCCUAAGCAGUACUGGCAGCCGGGCCAGACGUCGCACAUUAUUGACUACCCAUUACCGCAACACCCAAAGGACUUGAAGGUCGUCGGGACCUUGGUCGAGGAAGACGGAACGGAGAAGAAGAUAGCGGCCGACAAGCUUGUGUUCAGCGGUGAGUACUGGGACGAGGAUUACAAAAAGAUGAUGCCUUACAGAAGAGUGAAAUACAAUGAAAACAUCAUUAUCCCAUGGCCUAGACCAGAGCCUGUCCAGGAUUGCGCAUACUCGACGUCCGGGGAGUUGGUUGAGGAGAGAACCUUUUUCCCGAACUCGAUAGUCUUCUCUGACUCGCCAAGCGACCUCUCCAAGUCGAUGAGACAUCCGUUGAUGAAGAGACCUUACAAAUGGGGCAAAGAGUACUUGACGAAGAGUGACGUGAAGAGAUUGAACCCUCCUUCAAUGCCUUUGAGCGAGGCCAAGUUGGCUGCGAUUGAAGAAAGAAAACAGAUAAAGGCUUCUCUACCAAAGGAACCAUUACCCGAGACCGUCAGUCUGAUUGGUGACAAGGUUGCUUCUUUCUUGAACAACAUCACGGAUCCUCAUUACGCGAAGUUCAUCAACAAGAUGUCUCCAGGCUACAAAGACCCAACUGAACUCUUCAGAGAGAAACAGAAGAAAUUGUACGAUGAGAAAGUGAGGGAGAACCAAGAGAUGAACAAGAUCAAAAGUUACGUUGAAGAAAAAUACAAGUUGAAGAGAUCAAAGAAGCUUCAUAUCUAGUGCUAAUGCAAGUGCAAGCGCUAAUGUCCAUGCUUUUUCAAUCCCACACACU